AUGAACAUUUCAUCUAGUACAAUUAGUGAUGUAACCAAAACAACAACAACGGAGCUAAAGGAUGGUUAUGAUUUACCUGUAUAUGGGCUAGCUAAUGGUACUUUUUACAGCAUCCAUGUACCAGCACUUAUUUGUAUAUGUUUCAGCUUUACAUGUGUUAUAUCUGUUAUAACUUAUUCGUUUUACCAUCAGCACAUAUCUACAUUCUUUCAGUGGACAAAAUGCGAACGAUUUGCCGUUUAUAUUGCCAUAUGUGAUGGACUUUUUAAUAUUUCUCAUUUUUCUGACCAUUUGCAUAUAGUUCUUACAAAAGAACUACCAACACCAAAACAUCUGUGUGCUUUCUAUGGAUUUCUGCUUGCGGAAUUUGUCACAGCUCAGAAUUUAUUGGUCAGCAUUGUUGCAAUUAAUGUUUUUGUUUUAGUUUAUUUUCGGAAGAAACUUGACUUUGGAUGCAAGGAUUAUCGACUUCUUGGAUUCAUUUUUGGGGCUCCUGCAUUAGGACUAACAGUAACAGCUGGCUUAGGACAGUUAGGUCCAAAUGGUAGUUUUUGCUUCUUUGAUGGUGUUAAAGGACAGAUAGCCAACUUCAUAUAUACAACUAUUCUACUUUCUGCCAUUACAAUUACCAACAUACUUCUUUACGUCAUUAGCUGGUUUCGUAUUUAUCGGGAAACGAAAGCUAUUAAAAAAUCGCGAAAAUCUUUGAUCGCUUCGCAUAGAGCGGCUAAAACCAUGUCUUUAUUUGUUUUCGCUUUCUUAGUACAGUGGUGGGCCAUGGCAACGUACGGUAUAUGGCAGUGGGUAACGGAUGUUCCACAAACUUUGUUCCAUUUUGUGACAACGUUCUCAAAUUUGGGUGGUGUUCUCAAUGGAAUAGUAUUCAUCAUUAUUGUACGGAGGAAAAGAUACGGAACUGAUUCUUCAAUUAGUAUACAAUAUAUCAAGGAAUCGACUACCGAUAAAACAGUUAAUACGCACAGAAAAUUAAAAAGCGAAGUCUAA